UUAGCUCGCUGUCUACCCCGCACAGUCUGCUGCCGGGUGCUGCUGGCAUUUGUAUUUCUGUUAUUGUUGCCUUUGUUUAUUAGUGCGUGUCUUUAGUUUGCGCUCGUUUGCUUUGAGCUGGUUUUUCGUAACUGAAGAGCGAGGCGAAUAACAGGAGUGCACGACGACUACGACUACGACGACGACAUAAUUAAAUUAAAAUUUACUCACAACACACUCACUCACACACACGCCACGACGGCAGAGCCAACUAAUCACAUUACCAGCCAUCAGGCAUUGACAUCGGCGGCGGCAGUCGGCCAGCAACGCAAGCAGAAGACAUUCAUAGUUUGUGUUGCAUAGUUUUUGGCGCGCGACAUACACACAACCUCUUAACGCAAAUUGAGAAGGCAAAAGAAACACCCGUGCUACGUCCUUGUACUCCACUUGAGGUCUACUUCACGUGCGGAGCAAAAAAACUAUUCAACUCUUUUGUCUGGGGUGGUAUGUGGAUAAAUUUUAGCCGCCAUGGAUCCCAGUGCUCUACAAAACAUGGAUCGGGACGCAUUAAAGAAGCAAAUCGAGAAUAUGAAAUAUCAGGCCUCCAUGGAGCGCUGGCCGCUAUCUAAAAGCAUUGCUGAAAUGCGCUCCUUUAUUGAGGAGAACGAAAAAAAUGAUCCAUUGAUUAAUGCGCCGGAUAAGAAGAACAAUCCGUGGGCUGAAAAGGGCAAGUGUAUCAUCAUGUAAUAUUAUCGCAAACCACAGAAAUACCG